CUUUCCCAUUCUUUCUGUACAAUAGAAAACUCUCUCUCUCUGCGACAGCUGGGAAUCGAAUUCAAAAGAUGUCUUACUCGUCCGAAGACGAAACUGAUAUAAGUGAUUCAGAGUUGGAUGAGUAUGUUGAUCGAUGCUACAAGCAGUUGAGGGUUGAAAGCCACAAAGUGAAGUUUUCAAAUGAGUUGUUCAGGUGCCCGUUCUGCCCAGGGAAGAAGAAGCUGGUUUAUGCAUUUAAGGACCUUCUACAGCACGCCUCGGAUGUUGGCAAGGGCUCACAGAACAGGGACAUCAAGCACAAGGGGAAGCACUUGGGUCUCGUCAAAUACAUGAAGAAUGAUCUCGACCAGGAAGGUUUGGCUCUAGAACUUGCUGGGCUAACUGUCAAGCCUUCCCCAAAGGACGGUAUGAGCGUGCUGUUUGUGUGGCCUUGGAUGGGGGUUGUAGCAAAUCUUGAUGGAGAGAGUAUCUCCAAACUCAAAACUGAUCUUACCAAGAGAGGAUUUGAUCCUGCCAGAAUCAGACCACUUUCUGAUAGUAGGUGUGCAGUGGUGGAGUUUAAGAGAGACUGGUCUGGUUUCUAUAAUGCUGUUAUGUUUGAGAAGGAAUUUGAGGUUGGUCAUCAUGGGAAGAAGGAUUAUUUGGCAGCUUCGCAUUCAGAUGGCAUGUAUGGUUGGGUUGCUCGAGCUGAUGAUUAUAAUGCGGAGGGUGUCUUGGGUGAGUACCUUCAGAAGAAUGGAGAUUUGAAGACUAUUGGUGAUGUGGAAGCUGAGGUACAGCGCAAAACUAGCUUGCUUGUUGCUCAUUUGAGUAGCAUGAUUCAAGAGUUGAGGGUGCAAGUUGAAAAAAAUGGGUGCCUUGAUAAGAAAGUUGAAGGAAGCUGUACUGAACCCUAAUCAGGAAACCAGUUUAACUGAAUGAUGGCCUUAUAUUGGCUGUAGCUUUGUUGGGAAAAACAGGUGUCAUCGGUGUUUUGCUUGUAUCUUCUCCUCCAAAUAUUAUAAUGUUCGACUCUGCAAGUAAGGAAUUGAUGGUAGAUUUUGGUUAGUAUAUAGUUUGGUAAAGACAUUUUAUGAAAUUUUCCAGACUGGGUUUUCUAGAUGCAAUCUGCAGUUCUACUAAUUUCUCAUUGCUUGUUAAAUGUCAGGGGUGAGAUUUUCUUCUGCUUUCAUUGUGGCUGGUUACUUUCCUCAAAUUGUUUCGCAGAUACUACUUGCAUCUCUUUGAUCGAUAAAACUUUCUUCGUCA